CUGGCUGAACACUGAGUGGCCGAGGUAGAGCACCACCUUUGUGUCUGCUCCCGCCCACCAGAAUCACAUCUGCCCCCCACACGCCACCAAUCAGCCAGCAUUGUCACAAGUCUGUCGACCACCAGGACAGCCAGCAGCGUUGGGAGCCUCCAUGUUCCUCAGAAAGGAUGGGCCUCUUACUACUGCUCACCUCCAUGCUCCUGUCCAGCUACUUCCAUCCAUGGAGAGUGGUGAACGCACAAAUGUUCAUGAUAAGAGACAUCACCCUGUCCAUCGAGCCCAGUAUUGACGUGAUCCGGGACACCAAUGUGACACUAAGAUGCCAGGCCACUGUCAGCAGCUCUGGGCUGGAGGCCCUGAGUCGUGAGUACAUUAUAUACAAAGACAGUAAAACAAUCUACACCAAGACCUCCAGCACCUCGGAGGAUCUUCUGUACCCUCUAUCCGAGGUCCGAGUCUUCAACACCGGCAAAUACACGUGCAAGGUCAAGAUUGAGGGGAAACAAAUGACCAGCGGAGCCAGGAAACUCACAGUAACAGGCCUUUCAAAACCAGUUCUCCACCUUAACAAGGUUGUAGUCAGUGAAGGGGAGGAGAUAACGGCCAAGUGCACGGCGCCCGGCGAGACAGGCUCCAUUUUCUUCUACUUCUACGAGGACUCCACAGAGAUCCAGGAACAGCAGGUCCUCUCUAACCAGGCAGAGGCCAAGCUACGCUUGAGCAGCGUUGGCGUCCACAAACUCCACUGUGCCUAUACUGUCCUCAUAACGCCAGACUCCUUUAAGUCUGAGGAAAGCAACACUGUCACUGUGUCAGUAAAGGAGCUUCCCAUCGCAGCAGUUUUGGAGAUCUUGCCCCAGUCCCCCAAGAUCUAUGAAGGAGACCAACUCUUCAUCUCGUGCACUGUCCGAAACGCUCUGCACACCUUUAAGAGUAUCCAUCUCUACCUGAGCCAGGGGAACAAGCUUCUCAGCAGGGGAGACACCAAAGUCAACCACAGCAGCGUUGCCCUGGCCAAGGACCCGGGAGACUUUGAGUGCAGGUUGGAGAUGGGAGAUGUAGUGAAAAUCGACACAAAGACGAUUUCAGUGACUGAGCUGUUUUCGGUGCCCACUCUCACCAUGUCUCCUGCUGCAGUCUUUCAAAAGGAAUAUCUGAAAUUAACCUGUAAAAGUGAGAGCUCUGCCUCUGAAAGACUCAACAGGGACGAGUUGAUUUACACUCUUGAUCCACCCGGAGGCCCAUUGAUCCGCAAAGGCCCUGGAAUAUUUUCUGGCAAUGCCCUGCUGUAUGAUUUCAACUAUACCUGUGUAGCUCAGGCCAAGGGCAUCGUGAAGCAAAGUGAAACCCUGACUGUACGCCCUAAAGUUUCUGUCUCCACACCAAAGAUCUCGGUGGUUGGCAGAGCUGUCCUAGGACAGCCCUUCAAGAUCCUCUGUCAGUCGGACAUUGGCAGCUUGCCAAUAAACUACACCCUGCUGAUGGGGUACGACCAACUGAGCACUAUUGUUGUCAAGCAGCCCUUUCAACAAGCUCUCUUCACAGUCAACAUCCCCAAGCCUGAUGAAAUAAGCAAGUACAUGUGCGAGGCAAAGAAUCGGCAAAGGGAAGCCCCGCUCAGUAAAAGACUCAACGCUACUGUCAUAGUGCCUCUGACGCACCCAAUUCUUACCGUCAUCCCCCACCCACCGGAAAUAUCUGAGGGAGAUGAUCUCUACCUCAUAUGUGGUGUUAAAGGCUCUCCGCCGGUCAGCUUUAAGUGGUAUCGUGUUGGCAACAAACAUCCGCUGUACACAACCACAUCCAUCAAGAACAACACGGACUACCAGGUCCACAGUUUGUCCAAAGAGCACAGCGGCGUCUACUACUGCGAGGCGGUCAACCACGCCAACAAUGUCGUCCGCAGUAACUCUGUCACUAUAGAGGUGCGCCUGGCGUUGUGGAAAAAGGUGGUGAUCGGUGGUUUCAGUCUUCUGGCGGUGUCUGUGUUGGUGGUUGUGUGUGUACUGUGCUUCAGAUCCAAGAGAGGUAAAAGAGAAGCAGCUGCUGAAUUGUCAGUAAAGCCUUCAAGCCCUAAAUCAGAUGACUCAUUAACAGUGAAUCUAACCCACGACACAGAGGUUUAUAACGCAGCCACAGGCGCAGCGCCACUCUAUGAUGGCAUGGAGGGGAGAGGGACCAAUGGGGCACGAGAUAGCGUGGCGUCGCUUCCCGUUGACAUCAGCAACAGGAGCAGCUACAGUAUCCCAGCUACAGUGUAGAGAUGCCCCAAAAUGGGCGGGACUUUUUUACUUUUAAAGCAAAAGGGAGUUCUAUGAAAUUAAGAGGCAGUAAUAUUUGUGAUGAGUGUUGAAGGAUGUGGACACAUUUUCUCAGUGAUAAGGAGGGGCGUGUUAUGAAACAAUAUAAACCAGGACCUGCUGCUCCCUCUACCCUCCUGCAAUCUAGAUGGCCUUUGAUUUUAUACUUAACAUUACUGUCUUUAUUCUUUGUAUCCUCAGUGAUUUUGUGUCCUUUAUUGUUGCAACUGCUCUGUUUUUCUGAUUUGUAUAUACAUUUUAUCACCAUCACAGGAAAUGUGUGUAUAUACUUUUGGUUGAUCCUCUGACUGGUUGGAAGAGACACUUGUAGAAUAAAGACGUUGGUUUUA